AAGCAGCGCUAACUCCAUGGCUCCGGACUGGUGUCCCGUCAGUCCAGGCGGGGCUGUAGGUUAACCCGGCGAGUCAGGCAGAGUUGAGCGGCAUUUAGCGCUGCUUCUCCGCGCUGGCCAUAAGCCUGGGCAGUCGUUCCCGUAAUACCGUCCACAGGGCCCAUGGCUGAAGCCUCCGAGGCCGUGAGUCAUCCUGGGAGACCGAAUAAAACUGAUCAAGUGCAUUAAUAUGCUCUGGCAGAACCCUAUUGACGCAAAGGUGUUCAACGAUCCGAUUCACGGCCACAUUGAGAUGCACCCAUUGCUCGUCCGCAUCAUUGACACCCCGCAGUUCCAGAGGCUCCGCUUCAUUAAGCAGCUCGGAGGGGCCUACUUCGUCUACCCUGGGGCUUCCCACAACCGCUUUGAGCACUCCAUCGGUGUGGCACAUCUGGCGGGACAGCUGGUCAAAGCACUCCGUGAUCGGCAACCAGAACUUCAGAUUAACCAUCGAGACAUCCUGUGUGUUCAGAUCGCCGGACUCUGCCACGAUCUAGGUCAUGGGCCUUUCUCACACGUUUUUGAUGGAAAUGUUAUUCCUCAGACGAGGAAAGAUAAAUGGAAGCAUGAAGAUGCUUCGUUGGCCAUGUUUGACCACUUGAUCGACACCAACGGACUAAAAGUUGUGCUAUUGAGCUAUGGCAUGAAGUUACCAGAAGACGUGAACUUUAUAAAAGAACUGAUCCGAGGCCGACCAACAGAAGUUGAUGACGGCUCUGAAGUGUGUAGUAUGGCCACUGGAAGAUGUUAUCGGGAGAAAGGAUUUCUGUAUGAAAUCGUUGCCAAUAAGCGGACUGGGAUUGAUGUCGAUAAGUGGGAUUACUUUGCCAGGGACUGUCACCACCUGGGGAUCCGGAACAACUUUGACUUUGAACGCUUCCUCAAGUUCGCUCGAGUUUGUAAAGUCGGCAACAUGAAGCACAUUUGCACUCGAGAUAAGGAGGCUGGUGACCUGUACAACAUGUUUCACACACGCUACACGCUACACCGCAGGGCCUAUCAACACCGAGUGGUUAACAUUAUUGAGAGCAUGAUCACUGAAGCCCUGGUGCUGGCAGAUCCACACAUCCAGAUCGUUGGAAAAAAUAAGAGAAUCUGCAAAAUCUCCGAGUCGAUCGAUGACAUGGAGGCCUACACCAAGCUCACAGACAACAUCUUUGAACAGAUUCUGAAUUCUUCCAACCCUGAGCUACAAAAAGCACGAGAGAUUUUGAAUAACAUCAUUUGCCGCAAGUUGUACAAAUGGAUCGGGGAGACGCAGCCUGCACCAGGGACGAAAAUUAAGCCGGAGGAGACUGAGAAGUUGGCUGGUGAGAUGGCUGCAGCUGGCCCAUCGACACAUCAACUCUGUGCAAAAGAUCUUAUUGUAAAUGUGGUGCGUAUGGACUACGGCAUGAAGGAGAAGAAUCCCAUUGACGAGAUGUGGUUCUACCGCAAGACUGAUCCCAACAAGGCCAUCAAAAUCCCCAAGGGACAGGUAUCUCAGAUGCUUCCGGGGAUAUUCACAGAGCAGCUGAUCCAAGUCUCCUGCAAGAAGACUGACGACCAGAGUGUGCAGGCCGCCCAGAAGCUCUUUGUCCAGUGGUGCAUCAACAGGAACUUUACCAAACCAAGGGAUGGGGAUAUAGACGAUAUAGACACCACUAUAGUCUGAAUGGAACAGCGGCAAUGGUGACAGCGAUGACUCCAAUCCCACAGAAGAGCUUCAGUCUUCUCGUCGGGCAAACAGCUGUAACUACGACAAAGAUUUUUCAGUAGGAAAGUGGGAAUUUUCUGUGAAUCCUGGAUCUUUUU